UCACUCUCACUCUGUCUCUGUUUCUCUCUCUCUCUGUUUUUCUCUCUCGCAAUGCUAAUCUUCCCAAGUUCUCCGUUAUGAAUUUUAGUAAAUGGUUGCCGUGGAGAAAGCGGAGCCCUGCCAAGCCGAAGGGGAAGCAGCGCGCUGCCGUUGCCGCGGUUGCCGCGGUUGCGUUGGAUGAACAUGAUUCUGUACAGAAGAAGACUUUCACAAAAUGGAUCAACGGCCACUUCUCCAAGACGGGGAAGACGCCCAUCAAGGACAUGUUCUCCGACCUCAGGGACGGCAGGAAGCUGCUGGACCUCCUGGAGAGCCUCACCGGGAAUGUUCUGACCAAAGAGCGCGGGUCCACUCGUGUGCACGCCCUCAACAACGUCAACCGGGUCCUCCAGGUUCUGCAUCAGAACAGCGUGGACCUGGUGAACAUCGGCGGCACGGACAUCGUGGACGGCAACCACAAGCUGACGCUGGGCCUGAUCUGGAGCAUCAUCCUCCACUGGCAGGUCAAAGACAUCAUGAAGGACAUCAUGUCCAACCUGCAGCAGACCAACAGCGAGAAGAUCCUGCUCAGCUGGGUGCGGCAGUCCACGCGGGCCUACGACCAGGUCAACGUGUUCAACUUCACCACCAGCUGGGCCGACGGCCUGGCCUUCAAUGCCGUCCUGCACCACUUCAGGCCCAACGCGUUCAGCUGGGAGAAGGUGGAGGCGCUGCCCCCGGUGGAGAGGAUGGAGCACGCCUUCACCGUGGCCAAGGACCAGCUGGGCAUCGAGAGGCUGCUGGACCCGGAAGACGUGGCAGUGCAGCUGCCCGACAAGAAGUCCAUCAUCAUGUACGUCACGUCGCUCUUCGCCGUCCUGCCGAAGGAGGUCACCAUGGACGACAUCCGGGAGGUGGAGGCCCUGCCCAAGAGGUACCGGGCGGAGGCCGAAGUGGGCGGAGCACUCAGCGCUCAGGGCUUGACCCCCGGGGAGAGCGGCAGCAGCCCCCGGGCGGAGAGCCCCAGCACGGUGACGGAGACGGAGGUGAACCUGGACAGUUACCAGGCAACGCUGGAGGAGGUGCUCACCUGGCUGCUGUCGGCGGAGGACACGCUGCAGAUGCAGGACGAGGUCUCCGAGGACGUGGAGGAGGUCAAAGACCAGUUCCACACCCACGAGGCCUUCAUGAUGGAGCUGACGGCCCACCAGAGCAGCGUCGGCAACGUCCUCCAGGGCGGCAACCAGCUGAUCGCCCAGGGCAACCUGACGGAGGAGGAGGAGGAGGAGAUCCGGGAGCAGAUGGCCCUGCUCAACUCGCGGUGGGAGAACCUGCGGGUGGCCAGCAUGGACCGGCAGGCCAGGCUCCACGAGGUCCUGAUGGACCUGCAGCAGCAGCAGCUCCAGCAGCUCUCUGAUUGGCUGACGCUGACCGAGCAGCGAAUCAGGAAGAUGGAGACAGAGCCGGCCGCCGGGAACAUAGACGGCUUCAGGGCUCAGAUAGAUCAGCACAAAGCCCUGCAGAAUGACUUGGAGACGGAACAGGUGAAAGUGAACUCCCUUACCCACAUGGUGGUGGUUGUGGAUGAGAACAGUGGUGAGAGCGCCACCGCGGCCCUGGAGGACCAAUUACAGAGUCUGGGCGAGCGCUGGGCGGCCGUGUGCCGCUGGACGGAGGAGCGCUGGCACAAGCUGCAGGACACGCUGCUGGUCUGGCAGCAGCUGCUGGAGGACCAGGAUCUGUUCAAAACCUGGCUUACGGAGAAGGAAGCCGCCCUGAGCAAGGUUCAGACCAGCAACUUCAAAGACCCGAAUGAGAUCAACGCCAACGUCCGCAGUUUAGCUGUCCUGAAGGAAGACAUGGAGAAGAAGCGUCGAACCUUGGACCACCUGACGGACGCGGGACAGGACGUGGUCCAGCUCCUCCAGAGCGCCGACGCGGCAGGACGGAUCGACGGGGACACGGAGGAGCUCACCCAGCAAUGGGACAACCUGGUCCAGAGGCUGGAGGACUGCUCCAACCAGGUGACGGAGUCGGUGACCAGCGGCGAGAUGCCGCGGCCCGAGGAGCGGGUCGUCGUGGCGACGGUCGCCACGGCGGCGGCAGCCGCAGAGAAAGCGUGCGCCCAGCAGGAGCUCCCGCCCCCGCCCCCCCCGAAGAGGCGGCAGCUGCAGGGAGACCUGGAGAUCAGGAAAGUGGUGGACGAUGACUUCCCCGAGGUCCUGCGCUGGGUAGCCCAGUGGAAGGCCGCCGUCUGCGCCCUGGAUUUCGGCGAAUUCACGAGGACCCGAGACAUGUCGGAAGCGGAGGGACGGCUGAAGCCUCUGGAGGAGGAGAUCUCGGAGAAGGAGCCUCGGGUCAAGGAGGUGACGCAGGGGGCGCGGAACCUUCUGGAGCAAAUGGAGAAAGACGGCGUGCCCGGGGGGGAGGAGGUGCGGAGCGCCCUGGAGUCGGCGGAGGAGCAGUGGAGGAGCUGCCGGCCGCUCCUGGAGGAGCUGAAGGAGCGCUUCCGCCUGCAGGAGCGCGUCGGCGCGCACUCGGCCCGCCUCCGCGCCGCGGGCGGGGCCAUGGACGGGCCGGAGGCGUGGCUGAGGGCCGCAGGCGGGGCCGCGCCCGAGAAGGCCGACCUGGAGACGCUGAACUCGGACUGCGAGGCCAGACUAGCCGAGCUGGUGGCGCUGGGGCCGCAGAUGAAGGAGCUAGCCGCCACCGCGGCGGAGCUGGCCGGCGAGCUGUCCGUCCCGGCCUUCGUCCUGGAGGACGCCGCGGCCCUCUCCGCCCGCUACGCCGCCCUGCUGGAGGAACUGCAGAACAGGGACCUGGAGCUCAGCGCGGCCCUGGCCAACGCCGCCUCCCAGGAAAUGGAAAUGCAGGUCGCCAUGGAGACCACGCCCAGCGCGUUCGAGGCGACCGAGGCCAGGAUCAGCGCGCUGCGGGAGGGCAUCGUCGGCGUGACGACCGCGGAGGACGCCGUGGGAAAAGCGGAGGCCCUGUGUGCGGAGCUGGAGCAGCAGCGUGCCGCUGACCCCGCGGAGCAGCAGAGGUGGAGCGAGCUCUUCUGCAGGGCGCAGGAUGAGCUGGGGGCCCUGCGCUGCCUGCUGGGGAGCCUCAAAGAUGCACAGGUGACGUCGGCGCAGGUGGAGAAGUGGCUGGACGGGGCGCAGGCGGUGUUGGCUCGGGACGUUUCCACGCUGGGGGACGCGGAGAAACUGCAGGAGGAGCUCAACCGGUGCACGGAGUUGGCGAACGAGAUGGAGGCCACGGACACGGCUCUGAAGCAGAUGGAGGAGAACGUGAGCGCAGUGCAGACGUGCGCAGUACCCGGCCUCACCAGCUGGGGGCAGCCUCGGCUGGAGGAGCUGCAGGGCCGCUGGGGGACCCUGAGCAAGCAGCUCCUGAGCCACCGGGAGGGGGUGUCGGAGAUCCGGGAGAAGGCGGUGAAUUUGCGGAAGGACUUGGCGGAGAUGCGGGAAUGGAUGGCGCAGGCGGACGAGGAGUUCCUCAUGCGGGACUUCGAGUACAAGAGUCCGGAGGACCUGGAGGGAGCCUUGGACGAGAUGAAGAGGGCCAAAGAGGAUGUGUUACAGAAGGAAGUGCGAGUGAAGAUACUGAAGGACAACAUCAACACGCUGGUGGCGAAAUCGCCCCCUGGUGGCCAGGACCUGAUGGCCGACCUCGGCGGGGUCCUGAAAAAUUACCAAAAACUGUGUGACCGAUUUAAGAGCAAGUGCCACACUCUGGAGGAGGUGUGGUCCUGCUGGAUCGAGCUGCUGCAGUACCUGGAGAUGGAGAACGGCUGGCUGAACAACCUGGAGGAGCGCGUCCAGGCCACGGAGAACCUUCCGGAGAGCAGCGAGGCCGUCAGCGAGGCCCUGGAGUCUCUGGAGUCGGUCUUGCGUCACCCAGGCGACAACCGCACGCAGAUCCGGGAGCUGGGCCAGACGCUGAUUGAUGGCGGAAUCCUGGAUGAGAUCAUCAGCGAGAAGCUGGAGGCCUUCAACAGCCGCUACGACCAGCUCAGCCACCAGGCUGUGAACAGGCAGAUCUCUCUGGAGCAGCAGCUGCCGCAGGUGCGUGAGAGUGAGCAGGCCCUGCAGGCCCUGCAGACCUCCCUCUCCCAGCUGGACCAGACGCUCACCUCCUACCUCACCGACAGGGUGGACGCCCUGCAGCUGCCCCACGAGGCCCAGACCAUCCAGGCGGAGAUCGCGGCUCACGAGGCCACCCUGGAGGACCUCCGGCGGCGGAACGUGGGCAGCCUCCCGGCCGUGUGCCCGGAGGGCAAGGCCCCCCGCGGGGGCACCAUGCUGGACCAGCUGCAGAGGAAGCUCCGCGAGAUCUCCACCAAGUUCCAGCUCUUCCAGAAGCCGGCCAACUUCGAGCAGCGCAUGCUGGACUGCCGGCGGGUGCUGGAGGGCGCCAAGGCCGAGCUCCACGUGCUGGACGUCCGGGAGGUGGAGCCCGAGGAGAUCCAGACCCGGCUCAACGGCUGCAUGAAACUGUACAAGGUGCUGAGCGAGGUGAAGCUGGAGGUGGAGACGGUGAUCAAGACGGGCCGGCAGAUUGUGCAGAAGCAGCAGACUGAGAACCCCAAGAGCAUGGACGAGCAGCUGACCGCCCUCAAGCUGCUGUACAACGACCUGGGGGCGCAGGUGACGGAGGGGAAGCAGGACCUGGAGAAGGCGCUCGCCCUGUCCCACAAGCUGCAGAAGGAGAGCGGCUGCCUCCGCGAGUGGCUGUCCGCCACCGAGACCGCCCUGGACCAGAAGAACUCCGCGGGAAGCAUGCCGGCCGACAUCGACGCCGAGAUCGGCUGGGCUAACGGUCUGCUGAAGGAGCUGGAGAGGAGGAAGGCGGAGCUGACGCGGGUGACGGAGAGCAGCGCCGCCCUGCAGGGCCUGGUGGAGGGGAGCGAGGAGACGCUGGAGGAGAGGCUGUGUGCGCUCGACGCCGGCUGGAACCGGGUUCGGACCGGGACCGAGGACUGGCUCAGCACCGUGCUGAACCACCAGAACGAGGUGGAGAUCUUCGACGAGAACCUGGCCCACAUCAGCACCUGGCUGUACCAGACGGAGAUCCACCUGGACGAGACUGAGAAGCUGCCGGCCGAUGAGAAGGAAGAGGUGGUGAAGGCCCUGCAGGCCGAGCUGAAGGACAUCAGCCUGCGGGUGGACAGCGCACGGGACCAGGCCGUCAUCCUCAUGACCAGCAGGGGGCCCGCCUGCAGGGAGGUGGUGGAGCCCAAACUGGCCGACCUCAACCGCAACUUCGACAAGGUGUCCCAGCACAUCAGAGCCGCCAGGCUGUCGACGAGCCUGGAGCCUGUUGCCGUGGAGAUGCAGGAGGUGCGGGAGGUGCAGGCCCCGGUGACCCUGAGCUCCAGGCAGCUCCUGGACUUUGAGGGAGAGUUACUGGCCAGUCUCAGUGCUCUGGAUGCACAACAAGAUCCUGCCCAGGAUGACGACAAGGUGGACGAGGAGAAGGCGCACGUGGAGGAGGUGCUGAGGAGGGGCGAGGAGGUGCUCCUGCAGAUCCCGGACGAGGCCAAGAAAGAGGAGCUGAGCAGGAAUCUGCUCCGGCUGCAGAUGCAGUACACCACCCUGAGGGAGUUGAACAUUCUCCGAGUUCAGCAGACUACAGAGGUCUCCCAUGAUGGAAUUGCAUUCAGUUGGUCGGAGCCAAGGAAAGAGGUUUCCCCGGGGCUGCUGGGAGCUGUAGUGGAUAUGACGUCUCUGGAGGCGACACCGAGCAGGGAGGAGGUGGAGGAGGAGGAGGAGGUGCAGGAGGAGGAAGAGGAGGUGGUGGUGGCGAUGGAGGUGAAGACGCCGUCCCUCCUGCCCUCCGACUACCUGCUGGACAUCAACAAGGUCCUGCUGGCGAUGGCCGACAACGAGCUCCUCCUGAACUCCACGGAGCUGAGCAGGGGCCUGUACGAGGACUUCUCCAGCCAGGAGGACGCGCUCAAGAACAUCAAGGACAGCCUGGAGAGGCUGGAGGACCAGGUGGCGGCGAUCCACGAGAGACAGCCGGACGCCAUCCAGGAGGCGUCCCGCUCCGAGGUGGCCCAGAUCGGGGACGCGCUGACCCAGCUCAACGCCGAGUGGGACCGGGUCAACAGGAUGUACAACGACCGGAAAGGGUGCUUCGACAAGGCGGUGGAGGAGUGGCGCCACUUCCACUGCGACCUGAACGACCUGGGCCAGUGGGUGAGCGAGGCCGAGCAGGUGUUGGCUGAUGGGAAGGGGCCCGACGGCGCCGUUGACCCGGAGACGGCGAAGGCGCACCAGGAGGAGCUGGAGGAGGGCCUUAUCAGCCACCAGCCAAUCCUGUCCAGCCUCAACCAGACGGGCGAGCGCAUCAUUGGCCAGCUCUCCGCCCCCGACAGCAGCCUGCUGGAGGAGAAGCUGGAGGGCCUCAACCACCGCUGGAGGAGCGUGCACCGCGAAGUCCGCGAACGCCAGCGCAGGUUGGCGGGAGGAGACCCGGCGUUGGCGGAGUUGGCGAGGCGCUCGGACGAGCUGGCGCUGUGGCUGGAGCAGGCGGAGUGCGCCGCGCGCUCCCUGUCUGUCGUCGGCAUGGCGACGGACAAGAACCUCAAAGAGCUCAAGGCCCUGGCGGAGGAAAUGGAUGCUCAGAACGAACGCUUAAUCUGGCUGAACAAGAACGGGCCGCACAUCCUGGCCAGCAAGUCCGUCAGCCUGCAGGAGAGGGACCAGCACAUGACCCGGCUCCGAGCCAUCAACAUGAACUGGAGCAACGUGACCAGGGACCUGCUGGACAAAGUGGGCGAGGUGGAGGCCUGUCUGCAGGGACAGGGUCAGUUCCAGGACAGGAUGAACCGGCUGACGGACUGGGUGGUCCUCACCCACCAGUCCCUGUGCAUGAGGACCCCCGGGAGCCUGUCCCCGUCCGAGCACCAGGUGCUGGAGAUGUCUUUGAGGGAACGCAAACGGGACCUGGAGGAGCUGCUCUCCAGGUCCAUCGAGCUGCAGAGACAGCAGCUGCUGCUCCCACAGGAGAAGAUCAAGGUGGAGCAGCUGGCGGCUGACUGGAAGGCGCUGGAUGUGGCGGUAAAGGAGGUGGCACAGCACCCAGUGUCCAGCUGGACCCACCAGGUUGCCCAGCAACCACUCUCCGUUUCGGCGGUGCCCUCGGCGGUCCAGAUGGCGAGCCUGAUGAGCGGGGCGGACCUCCGGCACCACGCCCCCGGCAGCCCCGACCUGGUGGCCCCCACCGACCUGAACGAGACUGCCACCGAGCUCGGCGAUUGGCUGCUGCUCAUCGACCAGAUGCUCAAGUCCAACAUCGUCACCGUGGGCGACGUGGACGAGAUCUGCACCACCAUUGGCCGCCUGAAGGUGACCAAGAGCGACCUGGAGCAGAGGCACACCCAGCUGGAGGCCAUCUUCACCCUGGCCCAGAACAUCAAGAACAAGACGUCCAACCUGGACGUGCGCACGUCCAUCACCGAGAAACUGGAGAAGGUGCGGUGCCAGUGGGAUAACACCCAGCACGGCGUGGAGGCCCGGCUGAUUCAGCUCGAUCACAUGAUCACCCACAGCAACCAAUGGGAGGAGCAGAGGAGGGAGGUGAACGCUCUGAUUGGUCAGAACGAGGCGCGGCUGCACAACCUGCAGAUGCUGAGCAAGGACCCCCUGACCAAGCAGCUGAGCGACAGCAAGGUGUUCCUGCAGGACCUGAGCAAGGCCCAGGCCACCGUGGGCUCCUUUAACCAGCUGUCCGCGCAGCUCGUGCAGGAGUACGCCGACGACGACACCAGGAGGCUAACAGAGGUCACGGAGACUCACAACAUGGCCUGGAACACCAUUAACAACAGGGCCAGCGACCGGCACGCCUGCCUGGACGGUGAGCUGAAGAGCCUGCAGGCCUCCCUCCGGGAGCUGGAGGGCUUCCUCAAGUGGCUGCAGGAGGCGGAGACCACCGUCAACGUGCUGGCCGACGCCUCCCACAGGGAGGAGCUCUCCCAGGACUCCGCCCACAUCAAGGAGCUGAGGGGUCAGCUGGAGGACAUCCAGGCAGAGAUCGACGCCCACAAUGACAUCUUCAAGAGCGUGGAGGGCAACCGGCCCAAGAUGGUCAAGGCCCUGGGCAACUCGGAGGAGGCCGUUUUCCUGCAGCAGCGGCUGGACGACAUGAACCAGCGCUGGACCGAGCUCAAGGCCAAGUCCGCCAACAUCAGAGUGCACCUGGAGGCCAGUGCUGAGCGGUGGAGCCGGCUCCUGGCCCUGCUGGAGGAGCUGUGGAGGUGGCUGGGUCUGAAGGAGGAGGAGCUGAGCAAGCAGAAGCCAAUCGGAGGAGACAUCCCCACCCUGCUGCAGCAGCACAACCACUGCACGACCCUCCAGAGUGAGCUGAGGUCCAAGGAGCCCAUGGUGGUCAGCACCCUGGACCAGUCCUGCAUGUUCCUGGCCGACCAGCCCAUCGAGGGCCCGGAGGAGCCCCGCCGGAACCUGCAGCCCAAAACCGAGCUGACGGCGGAGGAGAAGGCCCAGCGGGUGGCCAAGGCCAUCCGGAAGCAGACGGCGGAGGUCCGGGAGCGGUGGGACCGGCUCGGCGUCCAGGCGGCGGGCUGGCAGCAGCAGGUGGACCGGGCCCUGGAGAAGCUCCAGGACCUCCAGGACGCCGCGGCCCAGCUGGACCUGCGGCUGGCCCAGCUGGAGGACACCAAGGCCGGCUGGCAGCCCGUGGGCGACCUGCUCAUCGACUCGCUGCAGGACCACAUCGAGAAGACCACCGCCUUUAAGGAGGAGAUCGCGCCCCUGAAGCAGGACGUCCGGGUGGUGAACGAGCUCUCCAGCCAGCUGACGCCCCUCGACGUCCAGCUUGCCCCCAGCGUGUCCCGCCAGCUGGACGACCUCAACAUGCGCUGGAAGCUCCUGCAGGUGGCCGUGGACGAGCGGCUCAAACUGCUGCAGGAGGCUCAUCGGGAUUUCGGGCCCUCGUCCCAGCACUUCCUGUCCACUUCUGUGCAGUUGCCAUGGCAAAGAGCGGUGUCCCAGAAUAAGGUUCCCUACUACAUCAACCACCAGACCCAGACCACCUGCUGGGAUCACCCCAAGAUGACGGAGCUGUUUCAGAGUAUGGGCGAUCUGAACAACGUGCGAUUCUCGGCCUACCGGACCGCCAUGAAGAUUCGCCGGCUACAGAAGGCCUUGUGCUUGGACCUGCUGGACCUGAACGUGGCCCAGAACACGUUCGAGCGGCACAAGCUGACGCAGAACGCCCAGCUGCUCAACGUGCCCGACGUCAUCAACUGCCUGACCACCAUCUACGACGGCCUGGAGCAGAACCACAAGGACCUGGUCAACGUGCCCCUCUGCGUGGACAUGUGCCUGAACUGGCUGCUGAACGUCUACGACACGGGUCGGAGCGGAAAGAUUCGGGCGCUGUCGAUGAAGAUUGGGCUCCUCUCCCUCUCCAAGGGCCACCUGGAGGAGAAGUACAAAUAUCUGUUCCGGCAGGUAGCGGGCCCGGGGGACACCUGCGACCAGCGGCAGCUGGGGCUGCUCCUGCACGACGCCAUCCAGAUCCCGCGCCAGCUCGGCGAGGUGGCGGCCUUCGGAGGGAGCAACAUCGAGCCCAGCGUCCGCAGCUGCUUCCAGCACGUGACCAAUAAGGUGGAGCUGCAGCCGCGGCAGUUUGUGGACUGGAUGCAUCUGGAGCCGCAGUCCAUGGUGUGGCUGCCGGUCCUCCACCGCGUCGCCGCCGCAGAGACAGCCAAGCACCAGGCCAAGUGCACCAUCUGCAAGGAGUGUCCCAUAGUGGGCUUCAGGUACCGCAGUCUGAAGCACUUCAACUACGACGUCUGCCAGAGCUGCUUCUUCUCCGGACGCACCGCCAAGGGCCACAAGCUCAACUACCCCAUGGUGGAGUACUGCACCCCUACGACCUCCGGGGAGGACAUGCGGGACUUCACCAAGGUGCUGAAGAACAAGUUCCGCUCCAAGAAGUACUUCGCCAAGCACCCGCGACUGGGCUACCUGCCGGUCCAGACGGUCCUGGAGGGCGACAACAUGGAGACCCCUGUCACGCUCAUCAGCAUGUGUCCAGAGCAGUAUGAGCUCUCCCAGUCUCCUCAGCUUUCGCAGGACGACACUCAUUCCAGGAUAGAGCAGUACGCCAGCAGGUUGGCACAGAUGGAGAGGUCCAACGGCUCUCUGCCGACAGACAGCAGCUCCGCGACUGGAAGCGUUGACGACGAGCACACCCUGAUCCUGCAGUACUGCCAGACCCUGGGGGGGGAGUCCCCCCUCAGCCAGCCCCAGAGCCCCGCCCAGAUCCUGCAGGCGGUGGAGAGGGAGGAGAGGGGGGAGCUGGGGCGCAUCAUCGCACGCCUGGAGGAGGAGCAGAGGAACCUGCAGCUGGAGUACGAGCAGCUGAAGGAGCAGCACGGUCAGAGGGCGGUGUCGGAGCUGGCGGGGCAGCACGGCGGGGCGGAGGAGGCCGACCUCCUGGCCGAGGCCAAACUCCUGCGGCAGCACAAGGGCCGUCUGGAGGCCCGCAUGCAGAUCCUGGAGGACCACAACAAGCAGCUGGAGUCCCAGCUCCACCGGCUCCGACAGCUGCUGCACCAGCCCGAGGCCGACUCCAGGAUCAACGGCGUCUCCUCGUCCAGCGUUCUCCAGCAGAGUCUCAACGAGGACGUGGAGCCCCACCCCGAAUUCGCAGCACCAAGCCUUGCUCCCAGACAGCAGGUGAUGUGAAGGCAGAGCAGCACGGGCAGUCGGAAGGAAGAGCUCCCCCCUGAUUGGACGACAGACUUCACAGACUUUGGCACGGUGGCCCCGCCCCCCUCAGAAAGAUUGACAGGAGGAGAGGAGGCCUCCGGUGGAAUCUCACCCAAGACCCAAAGACAUGGACCAGGACCACAGAACUUUUACCGCGUUGUCAUCGUGUACUAUGCAAUUGUAAAUUUUAGGAACUGUAGAUUGUACUCGACUUUGGUUAAGCAUUUGUCAGUGAUUUGAAGAUGAAGGGGGGGGGGGAGGGGGUGGGAACGGGAGGCUUUAUAACACAUACAGAUACAUAUAAUAUUUUCUUUUGUCUUCUUUUUUUGUUGUUCGUUUGUCUGUUCGUUCGGUUUGCUGUCGCUGGGAAAUUUUAAAUCAUUGCCGUACAUUAUGACAUUCCACUGGUUUUUUUUUUUCUUUUUUUUUUUGCAUUAACACUGAAGAAAUUUGGUUUCCUUCUCUGCACAUAAUGACCACCCUUUUUAAAGAUGUCCUCACUUCGACCAUCACUAUUUUUUUAAUAGCGUGUGCUGUGAACACUUGCCCCUUUAAAAGUGUCAGUGUGCGUCGAACAGGCUGUAAGCGCACUGAACGUGCACUGUGUUGUAGCAUUUGGAAACCCCCAUUGUGCCUAUACAGAUGCCAUUCCAGUCAACUGCAGAAUACUGAAAAUCGCGCGUCUGAGAUCGUGAAAAGAAGUAGAAAUACAAAACCCGUACCGAAUUGCUUCUACCAGGAUCAGGAUUGGAGUCCCGACAUUCGUUUCGCGUAAGUUUUUAUAAAUGUUUUCAAUCAGACGAAAGCCAUGACUGCCUUGCUACCUCAGACACAAACACCUUUUCGUUAGCGCUUUGUCUGUGCUGGUUUUGUUUCGAUUUUUUUUAUUUAUUUUAAUGUUUUUUGUUUUGUUUUGUUUUUUUGGACACGUAUCACACGAAAACACAAAGCUUUCACUGGCUGACGCUGUCGUACUGUCCGGAUGAGGAAAGAAAGAGAAAGUUGGCAGUCGAGAAUACAAAAAGAAAACAAAAAAAGGACAAACUCUUAUUCAACCAACCGGCGCAGUGGCCUUCGUCCGUCGCUUGGAUAUGCCUGUACACCUUUCUUUGACCUUCUAACUGGCGAUUUUCCUCUACAGUGUGCGCAAAAUGUGUGCUGUACUAUGCUCUCCUGUAACUGUUAGUUUUAACGCUACUAUAAAUCUCUCCAGCUACGUCCUUUGAUGAUGAAAUAGUGAACUUUGCUAUGAAAAGAACUCUGUCGUCAUUUUCAGGUAUGUAGUCUAGACUGAUCACACUACAUCUAAUAUGGCUAAAAAUAUGUUUUAUUCUAAAUAAAUGUUUUAUAACAAGUA